AUGGCCGGUCACCCUGCACAAAAUCCCGGCUCUGAGGAAAUUCCAUGGGAAUCAUCUGUAUCGGGUCACAUUCACAGACCGGGGCUGGAGGUGACGGAUCACAACCAAGUUCUCCUGCACUCUGAGGAGCCCCAGGCAGGCUUUGUGGAUGCUGAAGGCCUCACUCACAUUACAGGAAUACAAGGCGGAUCUGUCUUUCUGUUACCAUUGGUUCCUCCAGGAUUUACCCCGAGGGAAGUCUUCUGGAGGCACUUGUCUCCCAUAGAUCAUUUGGUGGCCUCUUUUUCCCGGGGUUCCUCGGACACAACCUAUCAAUCUUGUUUCCACGGCAGAGCCAAACUCUUCCAGAACUUCACUUUGGAAAUACUGGGGCUAGAGUUGGGGGACAAUGGGAUGUUCACUUGCCAAAUGGUGGAUACUCAAGGACACAUGAAACUUCUUGGAUUUCAGCUCACUGUCUAUGAAGUGGCAGCCAAGCCAGAGGUCCAAGUCUUUGUGUGAAGACAAGGCCAAGAUUGCGCCAUAUUUCUCAGCUGCAACGUGAACGGGAAUAAUGUAACCUAUAGCUGGAUAGUUGACACUGGACAAGAGGGUCCAUCAAAUGAGACUUACAGGCUUUAUGAUGAGAAACGCCUGCUUAAGAUGACUUUGACUUCAACUCAUAAAGAGGUCUCCUUUACUUGUGUUGUAACCAACCCUGUCAGCCAAGAACGUACAUCUGUAAUCCCAUGGACAAUCUGCUAGCUGAACCAGGACAAGAUUUUAGGAUUAACAACGGUAAAAUAGUGAUACUUAUUGCGGCUGCUCUCAUUAUCAUGUUUACCACCGCGAUGAUCUGCGUCUACUUUUUUACCAGAACCCCAGGUAACACCCCAGUAAAAGGAAGACAGAGGACUAACAUUCAUACUGAGGAGACAUUUCUACAGCUGGAAGAAGAGAAUGACGCCCCCGAGAAUAAGUUGACUGGCCUUCAAGACGACGAGGAGACAACAGCCCAGCAAAAUGGAGAAAUGACCCUUGGUCAUAAUACAGACCAGGACAGUACUGAAGAGAGGACGAUGCCGUUUAGUCCUGAGACGAUUGUAACACAUAAAGUGGAGACAAUUGUAUAACACAAAGGCAAAUGGCAAAGGAUGGAUAAACAUCAAAACCUUUAUCUGGGAUCAGAGGAAGAGAUGAAAUGUGUGUAGCGCCCCCCUGGGUCUACUGGGAGCAAAGAGGUACCUCCAGAGGCAAGGAACGAGCUUACAUUUAUCCCAGGGCUGAGUCCAUGGCUAUAAUGGGAAGUUAGAACAGAAUUUGGGCGCCAGUCACUUUGUAUAUUUUCAAUGCUUUAAUGGAGAACUAGAAAGAAGUAGUAGGAGAGAGGGUUAGGGGAGGAUUCAGAUACCAAUUGCAGAUCAUAUACAGACUCCUUGGAUCCAAAGACAAAAAAAAAAGCUUUCUUUUGGAGGAUCUUGGAUACCUGGAUAGGUCUCUCAAACAGACCUAGCAACCGGUAUGAUUUCUGGACAAGUCUCUCUCACAAACUUAGCAGUCAGUAGCACUCUCGGAUAAGUCUCUCUCACAGACUUAGCAGUCAGUAGCACUCUCGGACAAGUCUCUCUCACAGACUUA